AUGACCAGCACAACCUCAGCCUCCAUAGUGUCCACCACUACAGCAACCGACCAAAGAAGCAGCAAUACUACCUCUACGCUAGCAGAUAUAAUAACAACUUCAGCAUCCACAGUCUCUCCAACAACACCAUCCAGUACAACAAACAUCAGUACUACCUCCAUAUUUGCAAAUAUCAGCGCAACCUCAACAAUCUCUGCUCCCACAGCAACCAGCCAAAAAAGCAGCAGUACUACAUCUGCACCACUAGAUGGCCUCAGAAGUCCAACAUCCACAGUCUCCGAAGCUACAGCAGGGACAUCAGUGACAGAAAGCAGUACUAGUAAAGUAGAUACUAGUAAUGUCACAUCUUCAUCAGAUGGGAGCAAAUCUGGAGGUCCCAACAAAAACAAAGAUCCCAGGACCACCACCAGCUCAGAUAAUGAUGCCGAAAUAGUGACUGUUCACCUAAAAGUUUCGAUUUUAUCCAACAGUAAGGAAAAUGAAGAUGUGAUGUUAGAGGCUGUACAUAAUUUUGUAUCCCAGAACCUUCUACAGCAUAACUGUGAGGGCUGCACUUUGACUAUCAGACACAUCAAACACAACUGAGAAAGGGCUAUAUGUUUCAGCCAAUGGAAGCAUCAGUGUGGCUACAGCUAUACUGUGACAAAAGACUACACAGCUCUCAAAAGCAACAUUAAAACUGACCUAUUAUGCUGUCCCCUAUUUUCAUAUACAUAUACAUAAUGUUUGAUGUUCAUGUU